AUGUGCAAAACAUACAUUCGCUAUCGAGCGGCCACGAGCUCAGUUCAGUGUCUGCCGCGGCAAGAGACAAGCUCCGACGAGCCGCCGCCGCCGCUGCCAUGGCUUCCAGGACCCUUUCCGUCUCCUCCCUCGCCUCCGCCUUCGCCUCCACCCCACGCCCCAGACUCCACGUAGCCCCCGGGUCCCGCAUCCGCGCCUCCCCUCUCUCCACCGCCGCCGCGGCCGCCGCCACUGAUGGCGACGCUGACGGCGUGGACACCGUGGAGCAGCUCCUCGUCGCUAAACCCUCAUACGCAGGCAGGGGACGCAUCGACCGGCUGAUGAAGCUGCAGCGCCGCGCGGACGGGGACCUCCCCGCGGGCGGGCGGCGGAGGUGGUUCCCUUACCUGGACGCGUUCCGGGCGGCCGAGGGCGUGGUGGAGCUGGGCAGCCGAGAGGUGGUGGAGGUGCUGGAGCCGCACAUCCUGGAGGCGCGGCGGGAGCGGAUCCGCCGCGCCGUCGAGAGCAGGAGCUACUCCGUCUGCCUCGUCGUGGAGGGCCUCUCCGACUUCGGGAACGUCUCCGCGGCGUUCCGCUCCGCCGACGCGCUGGGCGUGCAGUCCGUGCACGUCAUCUCCUGCGACAACAACAAAAGGUAUAGAGACAACAGGCACGUGAGCAUGGGUGCUGAGAAAUGGCUUGAUAUCGAACUAUGGAACUCAACGGCAGAAUGCUUUGAUGCUUUGAAAAGGCGUGGUUAUCGCAUUGCAACUACCUAUCUGGGAAAUGAUUCGGUCUCUGUGUACGACAUGGAUUGGUCGCAUCCUACAGCUAUUGUUGUGGGCAAUGAACUUAUGGGCAUAAGUGAUGCUGCUUUAAAGUUAUCAGACUUGCACUGCAGUGUUCCUAUGAAAGGCAUGGUCGAUUCUUUUAAUGUAUCUGUUGCAGCUGGAAUCCUUAUGCACCAUGCUGUCUGCGAUAGAGUUUCCCGCCUUGGUCAUCAUGGUGAUCUCUUGCCUGACGAAAGUAGAAUAUUGCUUGCGGAGUUUUAUUUGCGGCAUAGAGAGAGCACAGCUGGCAUAGUUCACGAAUAUGCCAAAAGAAAGGCAGGAAACUUCAUGGCCAAAUUUUGAGAACUACUGAAGGAGAUUAUAAUUACUGAUGGAGAAAUAUGCACAACUUAGGUAAUUAUUCAGAGGGAUCUACUUUGGCAAUGAUGUUUCUGGCAUAUCACUUUUGGCAGGCUAGCUGGUGUUCAUCUCUCUAAUGAUUUCACAUAUUAAGCUGAGCUGCUCCCCCCUGAUUUUUUUUAAAAAAGAAACUUUCGGCGAAGGCUUUUCUGGAGCAGAGCUAUCGGCUGCUUGGCCAUCAGGGUAUAUCAAGAGGAUGACUUCAGAACAAAAUUUUGACAGAACUAUGAACUAUAACAUAAUGUUGACAGCUACGACAUUGCUAUUUCAGUGACAACGCUUGCUACCCAACUUUGGAUUUUGAUGCAAAUAUUAAGAUGCUAUUUUAGAUUCUGAUGUUAACCGUAAGUUUUAGCCUCGGCUCUUCUUCAAACAUGUGUCAUCCUAAACUCUUAGAACUUCUUAGCUACUGUUUUAUUAUUUUUCUCUCUUUUUUUCCAUCUCUUGCCCUUGCAGAAAUGCUUAAUGAAUUACUUGUAUUGUUGCCAAUGUUAAUAAUAAAAGCAAAAUGAUAAUAAUAAUAAUGUUGCUUUAGUGCAUGUACAUUUCAGAGACCCGGUAAUAUGGUGCCCACACCAGUAAGAACCCCUUCUGAAACGCAGCAACGGGAAAAAAAACGUAGAAUUUUAAUAGACAGAAGAAGAUUGAAAAAACAUGUCGAAUUUUAAUCGAGAGAGGAUUGAAAAAAACAUAUGGACCGCUAGAAUAUAUCCAGAAAAAAAGA